AUUUUUAACUGUCAUCGCAGGCGGUACUAAGUGGCGGUCGAAUUAAUUUAUUACGGCGUUAUUGAAUCGAGUAUUAUAAGCGUCAACUAAACUUCAAAAAACAAAUUGGCGGUGUUUGUGAAAAUAAUUAUAAAGAAUUAAAUAUAAAAAAAUUUUUUAUCAAAAUAUGAUCGGUGAAAUAAAUAAACAAAUUACAUCGGCUGAGAGAUUGUGUUAAUGGUAAUUUUUUAUGGAUUUAUAAAAACAUAAACGAGCAAAAUAAAAAAAAUAUUUGAAUGCCACAUGAAAAAUACAACGUCGACUCAUUGUGAUUACAAAAAUAUUGUUAAAAGUUAUUGUACUUUGAGCAAAAUCUUAAAUUAAAACUUGCGAUCAAAACUGUCGUCUGAUAUAAAGCAAAACACCUUUCGUAGAAGAAAGGAACACGACAGAAAGUAAUACAUCUUAGAAGCUUAUUUGAAUUGCAACUGCUCGACAGGCGACCAUGUCGGAAGAACAUCAGCAACAACAGCAUCAACGUCAACAUCUCUUGCAACAGCAACAACAACAGCAACAGAAGUGCUCAAAGGAUGCGGCAACACCUAACUCCUCCUCCGCGUCCUCGUCGCCCACGAAUGCCACAACCACUGCGACACCGCGCAAGUCGAAUAUUCAUGAGAUGCGCAAUCAGGACUUUGUUAGUCGACUGAUGGCAGCCACGCCUCCCUACUUGUACUCAACGCCAGUGGGUGCUAACAACUUCUUCUUCAGCGACAUGUUGCGUUCUCUGGUGCAGGCGCGCAACAACGAGAACGCGCGUAAUCUACAGCUGCAGCAGUCGAUGGUGUUGGCGCGUAGACCACGGAAACGAACUUGGGCGCAUCAUCGUCCGUACUAUGAACACUUGCGUGAACGUAAAGAAGCGGAAGAGAAGCAGCAAAUCCACAUGCAACAGCAACAACAGUUGAACAACAAUUCUACCUCCACCGCAGUAGGGUUGGAGAAGCCGCUGGAGCUGACAAAUAAACCAUAUUUUCACUUGCCCAAUAAGUAUCGCAAAUUAGAAGAUGAAUCUAAAGAUUCGUCAGAUAUGAAGAUUGUCAAGUGCGAUGCAGAUGGUAUUCCAACAUCCGAUUCUGUGGCUGCAACUGCCUCCAAUACGAGCGGGAAUGGUAAAGGCGGCGUAGCCGAAGCUGUGUUGCAGGACACACCGCCUGCCGCUUCUUUGCCACCACAGGAUUUGGUUUUGCCACCUCCACCACCAGUCUGGUAUCCACCACUCUAUCCACCAUACGGCAUCGAUCCGUUGCACUUCUUCAUCGAUCUACGCGUCUCAGGUCACAUUUACGAUCGUAAAAAAGAGAAUAUUUCGCCACUCGCAAACGCCGACAACAGCAAUGCGACCACCGACGCAGAGACUGUCGGUGGCAACACCGCUAAUGUUAAUUUGUUAAACAAACACCGCAUAGGCUCUGCUUUCACUGUACCUGUGCCACGUUCUAACGACAAUAAACCGACUGCUGCGCUGGCACUAGACGCAAUCAAUUUAACUUCAUCCGCCAUGGCGAGUAAGUUCGAAAACUAUACCAAAUACUAUGAUCUGGGUGAAGCUAAAGAGAACCAGCCGUUGACUAAGAGUAGUGCUAGUUACAUGUUGCAACACUUGCCGCGACUUUACAGUCAGUUUGCAGCGCGUGACCUGAUCGCAUCGAACGUGGCUGCGGCUGCUGGUGGUGGCAAUGGCAAUAGCUUUGACAAUGACAAUAAAUCCGAACCGGAUUGUGACGCUGACUCCGAUGGACGUGCCUCUGUGGAUAACUGCACAAGUUUAGCUGGUAAUAAUCGCGAACGUGAUAUCGAUGUUGAAAUUAUUGACUCCAUUAAAUAUCGUACCGAUGGCGAGAGCAGUCGCUGCUCGAGCGCGGAUGAUGCAUCCAUCACACAAAUUGAUUAGACAGUUUAGUGAUACCAGUAUACAUAUAUAUCUAUACUUAAGUAUUAUAUUAAGUUUAGUAUAUGAAUUUAAGGAUUACAAAUUCCAAUAAAAACUUUUUG